AUGGCCACUUCUCCGCCGGACUCGCCAUCGCCAGCGCAUAAGCUUCAGCGUCCCCUGAGCGCGAUUGCUACUCGUCCUCAACCAAGGAGCACCAGUCGGUUGAGUAUGAACAGCAAGCAAGGCGGCGAGAGCAGAGCCUCUGAUGAGGACAAUCGGACGGCUGUCCGUGUCGCCGUCCGAGUGCGACCGGCGUUGAAUCCGGACGAUCCAGGAUAUGACUUGAUUCCGCAGCGCUUCCAGCGCCCCAUGGUGCACGUCACGUCCAACACGAGCCUUUCCAUCGAUUCUCCUCAGGGACGCAAGCUUUUCGUCUUCGACCGCGUCUUCGGCCCGGAUGUUAUGCAGGAUGGCAUCUGGGAGUACCUGACUGACAGCAUCAGCGCCUUUACCCAGGGAUACAAUGUCUCCCUCCUUGCCUACGGCCAGUCCGGUGCUGGCAAAUCAUAUACCAUGGGCACAGCAAGUGCAAUGGAGAAUCCAGACGAUAUGGGUGUUAUCCCUCGAGCAGCCGCUGCCCUGUUCGAAAAGCUGGAUGUACAGAAAGGAGUUGUGAACAAUGGCACCAUGAAGAGCGCUAGUAGCUUCAGAUCUCCUCGAGGAUACGGCCAGCAAAACAACCUGGGCGACCGAAACUGGGCAUUGACGGCCACCUAUGUCGAAAUCUACAACGAAACCCUCCGAGAUCUUCUGGUUGCCGAUACCACCCCGCUGAAUGAUCGAACCUCAGUUGCCAUCCGAGAAGAUGUCAAGGGCAAUAUCAUUCUCACAGGCCUGCACCAGGUCGACAUUACCUGCGUCGACGACCUUCUCAACGCCCUCGCAUUUGGCUCCUCCAUUCGCCAGACCGAUGCUACCGCCAUCAACGCCAAAUCUUCCCGCUCCCACGCCGUCUUCUCCCUCAACUUGGUCCAGCGCAAGAACAAGUUUUCAAACUCCGACAAGCGCCACUCCAUGCCCCUGGAAGCCAUGAGUGGCCAGGACAUAUCCGUCACCACCGAUAGCAAGCUGCACUUUGUCGAUUUGGCCGGUAGUGAAAGACUGAAGAACACGGGUGCUCAGGGCGAGCGUGCAAAGGAGGGAAUCUCCAUCAACGCCGGAUUGGCUGCUCUGGGAAAAGUUAUCAGCCAGCUUUCGUCGCGAAACUCGGGUGCCCACGUCUCCUAUCGCGAUUCCAAACUCACGCGACUCCUGCAGGACUCGCUCGGCGGCAACGCCAUUACCUACAUGAUCGCUUGCGUUACGCCGCCGGAAUUCCAUCUCAGCGAGACGCUCAACACUGUUCAAUAUGCGCAGCGCGCCCGUGCUAUCCAGUCCAAGCCUCGAAUCCAGCAGGUCGAAGAAGGGGAUAAGACUGCCAUCAUUGAGCGGCUCAAGGCCGAGGUGGCCUUUUUGCGCGAGCAGAUCCGCAGUGCCAACGGCCAAGGCGACCUCCCUCCCCGCAGCGCCAACAGGUCUAGCGAAAGAUCAGAGAGACAAAACGAACGGGAAGCAGAGCUUCAGAACCAGCUGCUUGAUCUCCAGGAAAACUAUGGCACCCUGAACAACCGCCAUGCUCGCUUGAUUGCGGAAAUGGCAAAGGCCCGAGAAAGCGAGUUCCAGCACCACCAGCAGCUGGACGAGCUCCAGGAAGAAAAUGCAACCGACCGCCUGAACCGUUCAAAUUCGUUUGCUCAGUCGGUUGAGCAGGUUGUUCUCGAAUACGAGAAGACUAUCCAGACGCUCGAGCAGUCCCUGUCGAAGACACGAACCACCUUGUCGAACACGGAGACAAAUCUUCUCGAGAAAGAAACCAAGUGUGCCUAUGUUGAGACUAUCAACUCACAGUUGCAGUCUCGUAUUCAGAAGCUCAUGGACCGCGAAGCCAGCACCGAAAGCUAUCUCCACGACUUGGAGGCCAAGCUAGAUGGCCACAGCAGCGGUGAAGAGAAGAACUCGGCCAUUAUUGUUGAGUUGCGCAAGGAGAUUUCCCGCAUUCGCGAGAACGAGUCUGCAUCCGAAGAUUACAUUUCAACGCUGGAGGAGCGACUUGCCGAGGCGGAUCAGGACGCUGAGCUUAUGCAGCGGGAAAUCGAGCGCCUUGAGCAAGUUAUCGAGAGACAGCGGAGUCUAGGCAAGCUGGAUGCUUUGCUUCACGAGCUCGACCAUGUAGACGAGUCUAAAUUGCGCGACUCAGACGAUAGCACCAAGGCGGAAUCCACGGACGGCCACGACCACCAACUGGCCCAGGACAAGGAUCAAGAGAAUGGAGCCGAAGCGGCGACGUCAAAGCUCCCCCCUGUUGUGGAAAAUGACGAGGACGCUGUGAAUGCUGGCGAUUCUGUGCCAAAGGCUUCCGACAAUCAGACCGUCGACGACGUAGCUACAAAGCAGGCCUUUGCACAGUCCAAGUUCGUGGCAGACAAGCUGGAGUUGGUCACCCGGGAGCUCUUCGACCUUCGAACUGAGCACGAGACCACCGUUCAUGACUAUGGCAGACUGCACUCCAAGUACGAAGAGGCGAUGCGGAAGCUGUCAGAACUCCAGGACACUAUUGACGAAGCUCGCUACCCUGAUCGGCUGCGCCAUUCCAUCAUUUCCGUCGACGCAGCGACCGAGACUCGCCCCGAGUCUUUCCAGUCUGUUCAGACGAGCUACGCCAAGGAUGAUAUCCGAUCUUCGGCCCACCGAUCGCUCUCCUCUGAGCUCUCGUCAGUCAUGGACUCGCCCAUCACGGCCGAUACCACGCAUCUCGAUCUGGAGUCCGAAGACGAUACGGCUACUGCUAAGCCCGCAGCGUCGGUUGAGGACCUGACUAGGGAGCUCGUGGAACAUGUUAAGCUGCAUGAGCAAGAUGGACAGAACGAGCUGAAGGAGCCAAUUCAGCUCAAGGAGCAGGUCGAGCAUAAGGAGUUGGCUGAGCCUGUGGAGCUGGUAGAGUCCAAGGAGCACGUUGAGCACAUUGAGCAGGUCCAGGACGCUCAGCAAUUUGAAUUCUUCGUUUCGCAGGACGAUGUCAAAAACCAAGUGCCUGCCGAGCAAAAUGAACAGCUUGCCAUGGAGCUCGACAGACUCAGAGUUCUGGCCGAGGAGAAAGAGAAUGCCGAAAGGGAAUUGACCAUGAAAUACGCCCAGCUGGAACUCAAGCACAACGAGACCUUGGAUAUGGUCGAGGAGCUCAAGACCGAAGUUACCAAAGCCCGGACCGUCGACAACGGCCCCCGCGUGAUCCGCCGAAAGUCGAGCCAGAAUCUUCUUGGCGUGGAUCGUGCUCAGCGAUCAUUCGUCUACUUGAGAAAUCUUGCAGCUGAGAACUUUGAAGGAAAGCCCGAGACAAUGCAGUCAUUUGAACUGAACCUCAACUCGGCCAUGCACGAGCUUCAAUCUCGCAGUGAACGAAUCCAGGAGCUGGAGUCUGACAUUGCUGCGGCCAAGAAGGAGAUGGAGAGCAAGAUGGCCAUCAUCUCGGGCCUGGCGCGUGAGCGCUCUAGCUUGAAAGCCUCGCCCGUUGACAUGUCAAUGGUCGCAACCCUCCGAGGCCAACUUGAGCAGAGCGAGAGACAACUCUACGAUCUUCGCGAGGCCCAUGCCGUGCGUGAGCGAGAGUUGACGAGUGAAGUCGAGGUCCUCCGCAAAUCUGUCGCAUCUACUCCUACCCGAGAGUUCAUGCCGAGUGACGAGGAAGAGGCCGAUGUUCCAUACAAUGAGAGAGUGUCUACGCUGCAGGCAGAGCUGGCUGGGUGGGAGAGCAAGCACCACGCCGCUCUGGUAUCUAUGAGAAGCACCGAGAAGGAGAUGCAGGCCACCAUCCAACAGCUGGAGGCCCAGGUCGAUGCUGCCAACGUUCAGCUGGCCGAAUCCCAGUAUCGAGCCGCUGCCGAAAAGGAUGCUGAUGCUGAAGAGGCCAAGAGGGAAGUCGUCAAGCAGCAAGAGCUCAUUGAGUUCCUACGCGAGGAGAUUGACGAGUACAAGGCUGUUAUCAACAGCAACAACGCCAAGGUAGCAGAGCUCGAGUCUCUCCAUCUUUCCGCUCGAGCGGCCAUGGACGACAUGUCCAAGAUCCACAGCUCUGUAACAGCUGAGACAACCGCCCGCCACCAGGAACUUUCCGCCAAGCUUGAGGAGCUGAUUGCUAGCCACGAAGAUGCCACAAAAGCACACCAGGAGGAGAUGGAGGUGCUCAAGCAGAGCCACGCCCGAGAACUCGCGGAACUGAAGGACCACGAACAGACUAGCUAUGAGAAGCAGGUGGAGGUGCUCAUGACUGAGCACUCAGAGGCUAUUUUCAGGCUGGAAACAGACUUGGCUCAGUCAAGGGAUGAACUGACAAGGGUCGCAACCCAGAUUGCCGCCGUCUUUGGUGCAGAGAUGCCACUCGAGAAGCUGGGCGAGCGGAUUCAGGCUCUCGUCGCCAACCAAAAUGCCGUUGAGUCAGAGCGCAAGAAGAUGGGAGAGCUUACGUCUCAUGUUACGGAGCUAUCAACCAUCAACGACUCACUCGUCCGGGAUCUUGAGGGAGUCAAGACGGCGAUUGCAGGCAUGCUCCCUGGCGGCACAGAAGCCAAGGCUGGUCCUUUGGUAGACCAGCUUGCCGCAGUCAAGGCCAAGGUUGACGAUCUCGAUGGCCGCAACAAGAAGAACUCUCGUCUCAUCGAAGAGCUCGAAGAACAACUGCAGCACAACUUUGAUGAGGUUCAGGUGACCAAUAACCGCCUGAGCUCGCUGCAGUCUGAGCGCAACGCCCAGCUUGACGAGGCGCUGUCCUCUCGAAUCAAGCUUCAAACCGAGCUUGAAACAGUCCGCGAGGAAUAUGCUGCCCUCCAAAUCAAGUACAACGAGUUGGCCAAUGGAGACGUCAAGCGAUCCAACUCCAACUCGACAAUCCGCAAGAGCUCCUCACACAACUCUCUACCAUCGCCACCUCCUUCCGUCCCUCUGCCACCUCUGCCCAACGGUGCGCCCAGCUCUCCUACUUCGACACGCCCCCCAAGCAAGGACAACUUCAACAUUUCUCAAGUCACCGAGGAUCAAGAAGCCCGCAUUCGUGCUAUUGAGAAGCACCUCAGCGCCGAGCGCCAGCUUACUCAGACUCUAGAAGAGGCUCUGGGCGACCUGGAGAAGCAAUCCAAGAAGGUCAAGGCAGACUGCGAUGCUUGGAAGAAGCGUGCUCAAGAGCUCGAAGCCGAGGUUAAGGAGCUUAAGGAGAAGACGGACCAGUCACAGGACAACCGAUACAGCAUGCAAGCGGUAGAGGAGGAGCGAAAGAAGAGACAGGCGGCCGAGGCAGCCCGAAAGCAGCUGGAGGAGAGAAUGCAGGCCAUCAGCAAGAACAAGAAGAAGAAGGGCAGCCUGAACUGCUUUUAG